AUGAAGAAUCAACUAAAAUUAUUGUGGGCAAAAUAACAAAAAAAUGAGCUGGAGUCCCAGGCUGAAGCAGACAGCCGCGAGGACAGCGCGUGGGCUGGACGCGCCAGUCCUUCCGCUGCUGCCUUCCCGAUGCAGAACUCCAGCCAUGUCAAGUUCGAGCCGCCUAAUGUGCCUGUUAUUUUCGUGCUUGGUGGUCCAGGCAGCGGCAAGGUGACACACUGCGACAACCUGAUGCAGGAGCGGCGUGGCGUGGUGCACAUCAACAUGACUGACCUGCUGCAUCAGUACGCCGUCGGCAACGGUACUACUGACGAUGGUUUGCACCUUCUUAGUAUAGAUUACACUUAUCAUUCUAAUAAACUAGACUUGGAAUGUAGUUUAGAACUUAAUUGCACACCUAAAAACAUUUUAAUGAUUUAG